GACAAAGGUAGCAGAACAGCAUAUAUUACAGCAUGGCGACGGGAAGGCUUCCUGUCUGUGUACUACUGCUGAUACUAUCCCUGUGUGUUGUCAAUAUAGAGUCAUGGCUAUUUGAACAGCGAUCCCGUCAGGUCGUUGAUAAUAUCCGAAAUUAUGUGAACAAGAUAAUGUAUGGCAAAGACACACACGUAAUUGAAGAAACUAUACACUCUAGGGGGAAACGAGCUCCGAAAUGUGCACUCACUGAUAUAGUCUAUCAAGACAACUGCUACAGAUUGGUCGCAAGUGUUUCUGUUGACUUCGACGAUGCUAUCGCGGGAUGUGCAGCAAUAACAACUGGUGACUUCCAGCUUGCAAGCGUCUUGACUUCUGAUGAGCUAGACCAUCUACGAAAUAACUUGCCAGAUGGAGACUUUUGGGUAGGUGCAGAUGGCAGGGCAGGGAGUGUUCCAGGUCAGGUGCAAACCAAUUGGGCGUGGGUAAAUGGUGAUUCUUGGCCGGCAGACGCUCUAACCUGGCUUUGGUCUCCGGGUAGACCCGAAGUCGGGAGUGGUAACGAUUUCUGCGGAUUUCUGAAAAAGAAAAAUAAUUACAACCUGGAGGACACACCCUGCUCAGAUGAACGUGGUUAUAUAUGUAAAGGCGAAAAUCAUGCUGUGCAGCCACCAACAGGUCCUUCCGAUUUUGGAGAUUGCGUUUGCAGCGGUUGGGGAGAACCUCACUAUACCACAUUUGAUGGUCAUCAUUUCGACUUCCAAGGACAGUGCAGUUACACAAUGGUUAUAGACCAAAGCGUAGGCGGGCCAGAGUUUGAGAUCGAGGCAGUUAAUCGGCCUACGGUACCAGGGGCACUUGUCACGUUAAUCGAUCACAUAAUAGUUCGGGUAGAUGGUCACGUGAUAGAGUUGCAUCCUGGAGAACAAGUUAAGGUUGACGACACACUUGUUACAUUACCUUAUUUUGCAUUAUCGCCCAUAAGUAUCAUUCUUUCCGGUAAAUUUCUAUACUUGACGUAUCCGGGAAAGUUUUGGGUUUCAUUCUGGGCCGAGAUAGGCGAUGUGACUAGCUCUGCGCUAUUCGGAGUUCACGAUGACUACCAGGGACUCACGGGAGGUUUAUGUGGCAGCUGUGAUUCAAACGUCAACAAUGACUUACUCAAACCUGACGGGCAGCUAGCAGCUACCGACUUGGAGUUCGGAGAUAGUUGGAAGACUCAGACAAGUAUUGACGAAGAGUGCCCGGAUACAGAACCACCAAUAGAUUGCGAACCUGACGAAAUAGCUCGUAUCUCUGACAUCGGGCUCUGCGGUAUGAUAACUGACCCUAAUGGAGUGUUCGCACCAUGUCACUCGGUCGACGCUACGUCGGUGGAUUUUUAUUUUGACGCGUGUGUAUUUGAUUUGUGCUUCGCUGGUGAUGACCUGCUAUGCGACGCACUGACUGCCUAUUUUGACUUCUGUCUAAUGCAUAAUAUCCAGCUGCAGCCUUUCAGAACCGCCACGUUCUGUCCUCUUCCUUGUCCACCAAACAGCGCUUACAACCCAUGCAUGACACCAUGUCCAGAAACUUGUUUAUUUGCCGAAAGCUGCGCUGGCGAGCCCUGCGUUGAAGGAUGUGAAUGUGAUAAUGGGUACGUUUUGAGCGGAAAUAUAUGUUUAUUAGAGACAAAUUGUGGAUGCUUUGAUUCUGACGAUCUUUAUCACCAGCCGGGAGAAGAAUGGAUCACCGCAGACUGCUCCGAGUUGUGUACUUGCACUGAGAACGAUCAAUAUUCCUGUGUUGCAUUUGGCUGUGUCGGAAUCCGAGAAAUCUGUGACGUUCAAGACGGAGUGCGGGGAUGUUAUUGCGAGGAAGGAUAUGAACGCGAUGUGAAUGGCGAUUGUAAAGACGCGGAAAACCCCGUUAUAACAUGCAAUGCACCGGACGCGAACUCCAUAGUUGAUUGUGACAACGAUGGUUUCGAACCUGUCACAUUUGAUGUAACAGCCACCGACAACAUUGCCAUUCUAUCUAUAGUAUGCACUCCCGACGACUCGGCACCUUUUUCUGUUGCCGGAUCCCCUCACUCUGUAACAUGCGUCGCAACCGAUACCUCAGGAAAUACUGACGAGUGUACGUUUGACGUUGUCGUCAACGCAGAUGAGAUUGAUCCUGUGUUCGACACGACUUUGGCCGACACGACGAUUCCGGGCGGCGAUUGCGGGCCAGGUACAUAUACUUAUGACACUCCGACUGUGAGCGACAACUGUCCAAACAGCCAAGUGUCAUGUUCACCAACUUCACCAAGUGACUUCGGUUGUGGACCACAUACAAUAACUUGCACCGCAACAGAUGCCUCGGGAAAUGUUGCGACAGACGAAUCUGUCGUUACAGUGGAAUGCACUGAUUCAGAGGGUCCAACUAUUGAGCUGACUGUGAAUGAAGUGUGUGGGUGUGAUGAUGGCGACCCAGUAACUUUCACAGCCACGGCAUCCGAUAACUGCGACGGCGCUGGUGUGCCUGUUACAUGUACACCCAGUUCUGGUGGUUCUUUCAAUUGUGGCCCGAAUACAGUCUCUUGUACAGCAACGGAUGGUUCUGGUAAUCCGACAACACAAGAUUUCACAGUCAACCUCGAGUGCGAUAUCACCCCUCCAGUUGUGAUUCCACCUACGGAUAAGGAAGUCGUAAACUGUGACGUCAGUUCGACGACUGUCGUUGAUUAUAUUAUCGACGCUAGCGACGAUUGUUCUUCAACCUUGACCUAUGAUUGCGGUUCCUUUAAUUCCGGUGCAGACUUUCCAUGUGGCUCAACAUUGGUAACAUGCAUCGUGUCGGACGAAUGUGGAAACGAGGCUACCCCGGUGACGUUUAACGUUGUUGUAAUAUGUGAUACCGAGAUCCCAAUUUUUCCGGACAGGCCCCAUAUAAAAACAUGGACUUGCGAUUCCGAGAUAAUAGUUGACUUUGAUAUACCAGAAGCCUCAGAUGACUCUGGAUAUGUGACUAUUACAUGUGACCAUCAACCAGGUGAAUUGUAUGGAUGUGGAAACACGCGGGUACGAUGUACUGCAACAGACGUGUGUGGAAAAAUCAAAAAGCAAGACUGGCUUGUCUCAGUGCAAUGCGCUCCCAAAAUAGUUGGAAAAGGAAGACCGAAAAGGGAUACUUGUGCAGCUGAUGGAAUGAUAGUGGACCUUACUGGUUAUAACGCUCAAAAUGAGGCUGGUGACCCAAUUGAUUACACCUGUGAUAUUCCACUUCUGGGCCAGUUCUUCCCAUGCGGUGUCACGCGUAUCACUUGUAUAACUGAAGUAGGCCUAUGCGGGCGUACUGGAACUAAACGCAUCGAUUUGGAGGUCACGUGCGAUCCCGACCCACCGGUUAUCACAUAUUCCGACAUUUCAACACUCAGUUGCAAUGGAAUUGACGCAGUUGUACCGACGUUAGUGACAGCCAUUGACGCGAAUGAUGGUGCCGUAACACCAAUCUGUACACCGUCUGAAGGUACUUCUUUCACGUGUGGAGAUACACCAGUUCAGUGUACGGCGACCGAUGAAUGUGGCAAUGAAGCGGUGGUGGAUUUGACAGUUACCGUUAUUUGUGAUUCAUCACAGGGUCCACAGGUUAUUGUACCUGAGGAUAUCAGUAAAGACACAUGUUCACCAACCGGAGAUUAUGUAGAUUUUACCGUAUCGGCUACACACGAAUCCGAUUUCCCGUUAUCAGUCAGCUGCGAUGCUGAUGUGGAAACAUUGUUUCCCUGUGGGCAAACCACCGUGACUUGCGAGGCCACCGAUGAGUGUGGGGUGACUGGUUACAACUCGUUUGUCGUGACGAUCACGUGCGAUACGACGUAUCCAGUAUUCACAAAAUGUAACCCCGAGGUGUUCGCCCAGGAUCUUGACAGAAAUGACGAAGAGGAAGUUGCGUAUGCACCGGAGGCCGAAGACGAGUGCGGCAUAUUUUUAUACGAAUGCACUCCACCAAGCCCUAGCAUAUUCCCAUGCGGAACUCACGAUGUGAGCUGUACAGCCACUGAUCCAUUUGGAAACUCUGAUACUUGUUUCUUCACCGUCACCGUGACAUGUGACCCGGAUGCUCCAGUAAUAAUCUGCAACGACGUGGAUGCCGUUGACUGUGAUCUCGAUGGUGAAUUUGUCGACUAUGACGUCACUGCAGAGAGUGCUUUGGGAGUACCAUUAACACCAGUAUGUACCCCUCCAGAAGACACAACCGUAUUCCUCGUUGGGCCACCCACCUUGGUGUCUUGUUCCGCUACCGAUGAUAAUGGGAAAAUAUCCAAAUGUAACUUUUUUGUUGACGUUCAGACAGAUAAUGUAGACCCCGAAUUCACAGAGCCACUAACGGUACAGGCUGCUUCGUCAGAUACUUGUGCCGGGGCUAUAGUAACUUACACAUUACCGUCUGCGAGCGAUGACUGUGGAACACCGACUGUAGAAUGUGGACCAGUCUCUGGGUCACUUCUUCCAUGUGGUGGAACAACGAUCACCUGUAUUGCAACAGAUAUAAACGACAAUACGAACAUAUUGGAGGGUCUAGCCGGCGUAAACUGCAAUGUUCCAGGGCCAGAUAUCCAAUGUCCGGCAAAUAUCAUAGUGACAGAUGAAGAUAAGGACCUCGCCGAAACUGUGGAAUUCGAGGCAGUUGCAACUGGGACAUGUAGUACUCCAACAAUUUCAUGUACAUACGAAAGUCCAAAUGACUUUUCAUGCGGGCCUACGGUCGUCACAUGUACAGCUACUGAUGAAGUGGCUGCGCUUUCAGCAGAGUGCUCUUUCAGCGUGUUCGUUAUUUGCGACAAUGGUCCGCCGAUAUUGUCAUGUCCACCAAUCAGCGUCAUAGCCUGCGAUCAAGAAGGAGUACCCGUUGCCUACAGUGUUGAAGCAUUCGAUGAUGAUGGAUCCACUCUUGACUACACCUGCGAUAUUGCAGAUGGCUCCGUGUUUCUUCCCGGGGCAUACGUUGUAACUUGCUCAACAACCGAUCCCGCUGGUAACAGUGCAGCUUGCAAUUUCACAGUUGAUAUCAUCCCAGAUAAUCAGCCCCCAGUGUUCAUCAAUGUUCUUAACAUAACCAGUGAUGUGUCUCCGACGUGCGAAGAUAAAGCAGUCACGUACGAUAUCCCGACUGCGAUAGACAACUGUGGGGCAGUCACUGUCGAUUGUAACCCGGCGUCUGGAAGUGCAUUCUCGUGUGGUGACACAUUGAUAACGUGUACUGCAACCGACACGCAGAGCAAUGAACUAACCAUCAGCGGUGUAGUCAACCUCGUAUGUCCAGAUACCCUCCCUCCCGUGCUGACAUGCAAUUCAACUGUGAUAGUCUAUGAUGAGGAUGAUGAUGGCAUCGAACUAGUUACCUACUUUGCAUCUGCCACCGAUAAUUGUGGAGAGGCCACAGUCACUUGCGUGAGAGAGAAUCCAGAUGAGUUUAGUUGCGGAUCGACAAUUGUCGCGUGCACUGCAGUUGAUUUGGCAGGUUUUACAGUUAGCUGUGACAUUGAAGUCAUUGUGGUUUGCGAUACCACUCGUCCAAACAUUACAUGUGAUCAUAUACUAACUGUUGACUGCGACAAAGAUGGCAAUGAGGUGAUACAAUACGAUGUAUCGGGUGUGGAUGAUGACGGAACGCCCAUAACACCUGUGUGUAAUCCACCGAGUGGAUCCGUUUUCACCGUGGCUGAAUCGCCAAAGGAAGUCAUCUGCACAGUAACUGAUGAUUCAGACAACGAACAAACAUGUAGAUUUAAUGUCGAAGUGGUGCCAGAUGCAUUCGAUCCAUUUAUCGUUGUUGAAGACUAUGAAACUGAUACGACUCAAUGUGGAGGGAUUGAAGUAGACUACCCUAUUCCAGUUGUAGAAGAUACCUGUGAAUCUACCGUUGUAUGUGUUCCCGAAACUGGCAGCCAUUUUGAUUGCGGGUCGACAACAGUCACGUGCACAGCUACUGACAAUAAUGAUAAUGUCGACAUAAAAUAUUUCGAAGUUCUCGUUAAUUGUUUGGGUGACGAUGCACCAGUGAUAACUGGUGUAGGAGAUAUUACAGAAGAUAUAUGCAUUGGGAGCAGUUUUGAUGUGAAUUUUGAUGUCACCGCCAUGGACGACUGUGAUGGAGCUCUUACACCGACGUGCAAUCCUCCGUCAGGCCAUUCCUUUACUUGUCAAUCAACUGAAGUAACCUGUUCUGUAACCGACAGUGCUGGAAAUGUUGCCUCCAUUGACUUCCUAGUUACAAUAAAUUGCGAUGAGGAACCUCCCACAUUCUCUCCCGUGCAAGAUGUCAUUGUUGACCCAGCACACUGUAGUGGCUCGUAUGGUCCAUUUGACGAGGUAGAGGCAUUUGAUAACUGUGAAGUAGAUACAUUUUCAUGCAGUCACCAGCCAAGCGACCUUUUUACUUGUGGCACAACUACCGUUAGCUGUUUUGCCAACGAUGUUUCUGGAAACUCCGCGGUGGUCUCAUUUGAUGUAACACUAGUUUGUGACGACAGUGAACCCCCAACAGUUAAUGUUCCCGAAGACAUUACUAAAGAGAGUUGUACUUCAACCGGUCUUUCAGUCGACUUCUCUGCAUCGGCUAUUGAUGAUUGUGAUGGGGACGUCCCACUGCAGUGUACUAAGGACCCAGGAGACCACUUCGACUGUGGUUUAACCACUGUCGUGUGUACUGCCGUAGAUAGUUCAGGAAACUCGUACUCACAAAGCUUUAUUGUAACCGUUAUAUGUGACCAAGGGCCUCCAGUUCUUGGACCCUGCUCCGGUGACAUCGUAACUCCAAGAGACUGUGAAGGCGAUGGUGAGACCGCCAACUUUGAGAUUCCCACGGCCACCGAUGGUUGUGAUGUCACAGUAACUUGCGAUUAUGAACCAAAUGAGUAUAAAUUCCCAUGCGGGGCACCAACAACUGUCACGUGCACAGCUCUAGAUGAAGCCGGCACGAUAAGUUCGUGCACAUUUACCGUCACUGUUCCUUGUGAUAACACCGAUCCAGAUAUACUUUGUCCAGAUGAUGUCAUCGUCAUUGAUUGUGAGUCUGAUGGACAGGAUGUAUGCUGGCAGUCUCCAGUAGUGAGCGACGACUGUGGUGUUGACAAAAUUGAGUAUAGUGAAGAUAUAUACAGCCCACUACUUCCAGGAGAAUAUACAGUGGUGGCAACAGUUUACGAUCUUAGCGGUAACUCUGACAGCUGCACAUUUACUGUGUCCGUAGCUGAAGACACUGAACCACCCAUGAUGGACUGCAUACCAGGUAUAACUCUUACUGACUGCGAACAAGAUGGCGAAAUUGCUACAUGGGAUAUACCUGAAGCAUCAGACAACUGCGGCGAAGUGACUGUCUCCUGCUCACAAUCAUCCGGCCUCACUGUUUAUUGUGAUAAUCCAGUAGAUGUAGAAUGUACUGCGACAGAUGCUGCUGGACUCACAUCCACUCAAACGUUCACUAUAAAUGUAAUCUGCGAUACAAAUCCACCAGUAUUUGAUACCGGGUGUGACGACUGCGUAAUUGUCGAUGCGGGCACGGAUUUUGAAACAUCCGUAGAUUUUGUCAAACCAACAGCACAUGACCGGGAAUGCAGCGCAACGGUAACCUGUACCUAUGAGCCAGGUGACGUAUUCCCCUGUGGUUCGACAGAAGUCACGUGCACAGCCGAAGAUGAAAGUGGUAAUAGCGUGUCGUGCUCCUUCUCUGUGUUAGUUAUAUGCGAAUGUGUCUGCCAGGCUACCGGUGAUCCGCAUCACAACACUUUCGAUGGAAAAGCUUUUAACUUUCAAGGUACAUGUACAUAUACACUAGUCGAAUACUUACAAGGGUUCCGCAUCGAUGCCAGAUAUGCAUUACGAAAUGCAAGACGUCGAGUGUCUGUUGUGAGAAGUGUUACCAUUUAUUUGCCUGGACAUGUCAUUGUUAUGUUAGGAAACAGACAAAUAACGAUUGAUGGGGAGUCAGUAUCUCGACCAUACUCACUUGGGCACUGCUCCAUUGAUAGAGCUGGUGUUUUCACAUGCCCGGGUUUGUUCUGGGUGAGAUACAGGGGCAUUAACGCUUUCAUCGGAAUAGACUAUUCGCUUAAGGGUACUACUAGAGGAUUAUGUGGCGACUGCGAUGGCGAUAUAACCAAUGAUUUCCGUAUGCCAAAUGGUGUAAUUACUACUAACAGAGUGGAGUUCGGUAACAGCUGGAAGUCAGAGUAUGACGACGCAUGCCCCGAUGAGGUAGAUGAUGCCGAUUGUCCGGAUACAGGCGACGACCUAGUCUUGCACCAGGCUAAAUGCGAUUUCUUGAUCGAUCCCAAUGGCGUGUUUAGUGAAUGUAUUCCGGUUAUAGACCCGUCAUUUUAUUUCGAUUCAUGUUGGUAUGACGUGUGCAUAACCGAGGACGACAAUAUAAUUUGUGAUUACCUUCAGCUAUACUACGAAGACUGUCGAGACUCUGGUAUCGAUGUCGACAUUUCCGAAUUCAGAGAUAUGUCAACCGGUUUAUGUCCUUUGACAUGUCCAGCUAACAGCCAUUACAGUACUUGUGUAUGUGAACAGUCGUGCGGAAGUUUUGAGUAUUGUAUACCUGCGUAUUGCAUAGACGGUUGCCAAUGUGAUGAUGGAUACGUACGAGAGGGCCCUGACUGCAUACCUGAGACUGAAUGUGGAUGUACAGUACUUGGGGAAUACCACCCACUUGGCGACACAUGGACCAACGACGACUGUUCAGUUGUUUGUGUUUGUCGCGAAGAUGGCGUUGAGUGCCUAUUCAAUGAAUGUGAGGAACUGGAAUUUUGCGGUGUUGAUGAGGGUCAACUGGGAUGCCAUUGUAGAUAUGGUCUUGAUGAGAACGGCGAAUGCAAGGAGCCAUGCGACGAGUUGCCACCGGAUAUAACGUGUCCAUAUGAUAUGAUAGAAAUUGAUUUUGAUAAUGAUGGCACUGCGACUGUUACUGUUAUAUUGCCUACCGCCACCGAUGAAAACGAUGUAUUAGUAACAUGUGACAUUAUGGGCACUGUUGAGUUAGAUGUUGGAGUUACAACUAUCACCUGUGUCGCCGUUGACUCUUAUCUCAACAGCGCUACAUGUAGCUAUACUGUCAAAGUUGUGAAGGGAAUACAUGAGGUGCAAUUACCAUGUACCAAAUAUCUGUUCUACUUAAAGAAUAAGUCUCAACACUUUGCCAAACAUUUCUGUGAAUCGGAGAUGUCUCAUCUUGCGACGAUCCCUAACAGAGCAGUCAACAAUCUUUUGGUGGACUACAUUGAAUCAGACAGCAGUCUUCGAGAUUUCUGCUACUGGUUUGGCGCUGUUAAUGUUGACGAUGACGAAUACUGGACGUACACUCACGAGGACAGAUCAGUUUGUUACAACAAUUGGGGACCUGGUCAACCGAACCAAUACAAUGAACGAGACUGCGGACUCUUCUGGUCUGGUACUUCGAGUGAGAUGCGAAUGUGGAAGACCCAGAAAUGUGCGUAUGAAAACGCGUUUAUCUGUGAAAAACCAUGACGGGUGACAUGGAAGAAGCUUUUUGAAAUUGUAGACAGUGUACACAGAAUUAAUCGUAUAGAAUACUACUGAGUUGUAAUUUUUUUUUUAGAAUUAGAUUAAACUGAUUUUGAAACCUGAGAA